AUGGGAAGGUGGUUAACAGUCUCAUCAUCAACAGUGGCUCCCUUAAGAUUUUCUCAAAAAUCCCCCUUUGUUAUUGCUUGUAAGCACCCAAAAGUCUCACUUCCAACGAGUUCCAAUGCAAAUUCACUGCCUUGUACCGGUUCCAAUUCUGGGUUUUGUAGGACGCUGCCCUUUAGCUUUAGAGCCACUAGAAUACUGUGCACAAAGGCUGUUUUAUCAGAGGUUCCUAAUCAGAGUCAAUUCUCUAAAGUUGGCGCAGAAUCCACAGGGCCCAUUCCUUCGGAGCAGCUUCUUCAGGUGGCUGAAACUGCCGCCGAGACUGGUGCUCAGGUUGUGAUGGAUGCGGUGAAUAAGCCUCGAAAUAUUGUCUAUAAGGAAGGACAAACUGAUCUGGUGACAGACACAGAUAGAAUGAGUGAGUCUGCUAUUCUGGAUGUUGUCCGAAAGAACUUCCAAGAUCACCUCAUUCUCGGGGAGGAGGGAGGAAUCAUUGGGGACUCAUCUUCUGACUAUCUGUGGUGCAUUGAUCCCUUAGAUGGGACCACAAACUUUGCACAUUGUUAUCCUAGCUUUGCUGUCUCCGUGGGUGUGCUUUUCAGAGGAAAACCAGCUGCUGCUACGGUGGUAGAGUUUGUUGGUGGACCUAAGUGUUGGAAUACUCGCACUUUUUCUGCAGCUGCAGGCAAAGGUGCAACUUGUAAUGGUGAAAAGAUUCAUGUGAGUCAAACGGAUAAGGUGGAACGAUCGCUUCUGGUUACUGGGUUUGGGUAUGAACAUGAUGAUGCAUGGGCUACCAAUAUAGAGUUAUUCAAGGAAUUCACUGACAUCAGUCGGGGUGUGAGAAGGCUUGGAGCUGCUGCAGUGGACAUGUGUCAUGUAGCUCUGGGAAUUGUUGAAGCCUACUGGGAGUAUCGUCUUAAACCAUGGGAUAUGGCUGCCGGUGUUUUGAUAGUUGAAGAGGCUGGGGGAACAGUUUCUUGCAUGGAUGGGGCAAAAUUUAGUGUAUUUGAUAGAUCUGUCUUGGUAUCCAAUGGUGUGCUUCAUGCCAAGCUUCUCGAGAGAAUUGGCCCAGCAACAGAGAAAUUGAAGAACGAAGGAAUUGAUUUCUCAUUGUGGUAUAAGCCAGAAAAUUACCACACACAACUCUGA